AUGCAGAGGAUCCCAGUGGCACGCUCAAUUAUGCGCGGCGCCGUCGCACGGCCGUCGCACCACAACGGCCAGCGCAUGCUCGCGUGCCGCGCCCUCUUGUCUACCAGUACCGGCGACCACCGUGGGGGGAACGCAAACAUGACGAGCAAGACUACCCCGGGCAGCAGCAUCCCGACACCUCAGCAGAAGAAGACGACGACAGCAGGGGCGGAGGAGGUGGGGAGCGGAAAUCCGGAGCUACCCAAGUUUAGCCUCGACGGGCUGGGGGUCAGCAGGAACAUGAAGGUCUUUCUGAUCGUGGUGCUGAGCAUCUUUGGCACAAUGGAAACAUGGCUCUACUGCAAGGCCGUCUGGCGCUGGUGGUACGGUGAGCAAGGCCUCGCCGUCAAAGGAGACGACAAGUAG